AUGGAGAUUUUAUCUACCAUCUUCUUGUUGAUGUCAUUGACAAUACUGUCCCUUUUUCUAAUCCUGUCUUUUCUCAUUAUCAGAAUAUUCACCGGUAAAUCCAUCAAUGAUCCUAACUACGCGCCGGUGAAGGGCAGUGUUUUAAACCAGCUCUUAUACUUUAGCCAUAUCUACGACUACCAAACACAAAUUGCCAAAAAACUGCCCACUUUCAGGUUACUUGAUAUUGCACAUAGUGUAAUCUUCACAGCCGAUACGCGAAACAUAGAGCACAUUUUGAAAACAAAUUUUAACAAAUAUGAAAAGGGUACACAUCACCAGGAACUUGUUAGAGAUCUUUGGGGACAAGGGAUAUUUGCGGUGGAUGGACAAAAGUGGCGGCAGCAGCGGAAGCUUGCAAGCUACGAGUUCUCGACGAGAGUUCUUAGAGAUUUUAGUUGCUCUGUUUUCAGAAUAUAUGCUGCCAAACUGGUUAGAGCUGUUUCGGAGCUAACGGCGUCGAGACAGGUUAUUGAAUUCCAAGAUUUGUUGAUGAAAUACACAAUGGAAUCGAUGUUCAAAGUUGGGUUUGGAAUUGAUUUAAAUUGCAUGGAAGGGUCAAGUGAAGAAGGAACUACCUUUGUGAAGGCUUUUGAUGAUGCGAAUGAGUCGCUGCGCUUGCGCUAUUUCAAUACCUUUUGGAAGCUGAAAAGAGCUCUCAACAUUGGCUCCGAAGCCUCCCUCAAGAAGAAUAUCAAAGUCAUUGAUAAUUUUAUUCACAAUGUUUUAAGCGCCAAGAAGAAACUGCUAGCAAUGAACCCAAAUCCUAAUGUCAAAGAAGACAUACUUUCAAGAUUUUUAAUGGAGAGUGAGAAGAAUCCGGAAACAAUGACUGAUCAAUAUCUAAGGGACAUAAUUUUGAAUUUCCUGCUUGCUGGCAAAGAUACUGCUGCCAAUGCUUUGUCCUGGUUCUUCUACAUGCUCUGCAAGCACCCCUUGGUACAAGAAAAAGUUGCACAAGAAGUAAUAGACAUUGCUUGCAGCAAAGGAAAUGACGCUAGCGUUGAUGACUUCAUCACAACCAUAACCGAUGCAACUCUUGAGAAAAUGCAUUAUCUUCAUGCAGCAUUAACAGAGACCUUAAGACUGUACCCUCCAGUUCGUCGGGAUGGAAGAUGUUCACAGGCGGAUGACAUUCUCCCGGAUGGACACAAAGUCAAGAAAGGAGAUAUGGUUGCCUAUCUGGCCUAUCCCAUGGGUAGAAUGCCUUCCAUUUGGGGAGAAGACGCUGAGGUUUUUCGACCAGAAAGAUGGCUUAAAGACGGAGUGUUCCAACCCGAAUCGCCUUUCAAAUUCGUGGCAUUCCAUGCGGGUCCUCGAGUUUGUUUAGGCAAGGAAUUCGCGUACCGGCAGAUGAAGAUAUUCUCAAUUGCCCUUGCUCGCUACUUCUGCUUCAAAAUUAGCUGA